AUGUCGACUGCUCUAUCCCCGGUACAAACCUUUCUGGCGUACGUGCAAGAAGCCACAGGGCUUGCUCCGUCAACAACAAUCUCGUUAUUAGUUCUCAUCGCGUCGAUCAUCUACGUCAUCUUCUCGUACUUUCAGCACCGCGCUGCGCCUGUUCCGCCGCCAGUGCCGGGGCCACCGGAGCCGAUUAAAAUAGGGGAAAUUACCCUCGAGGAGCUAAGCCAGUAUAGCGGCAGCGACCCAGAGAAACCGAUUCUUCUGGCCAUUCGAGGGAAAAUCUACGAUGUGACUCGUGGAAAGCACUUCUACGGCCCAGGAGGCCCCUAUGCAGUGUUCGCAGGGAAGGAGGCGAGCCGUGCGUUUGCCAAGAUGUCAACCGAUCCUAGGGACGCCGUGGGGGAUCUCACAGGGCUCUCCUACUCGGAGAUGGAGACUCUGAGGGACUGGGAGUCGUCGCUGCAGUUCAAAUAUGACGUGGUGGGCACUGUGAAGGGCAGUGAGGAGGACGCGGGGGAAGCAGGCGGAGCAGGGGGGGCAGGGGGGGCACGAGGAGCAGAAGGAACUGAGGCUGAUACGGGUGCAGUUGCAGCAAAAGAAGAGGGAGGGGAGGGGGCUGAGGGAGGGGAGAAAGAAGCUGGGGGUGAUUAG